AUGUCGUCUCUCCAUACCCAGAGCCCGGCACCUUCGACGUACAAGUUCGAUAUGACACCUACCUCAACGCCUGUGCAACCAGCCGCUCCGCCUAGCAACCGCUUAGUCAAGCGUGCAACAUCACAGCGCCUUAUGUCUAGUAACUCGUCCAAGAAACUGUUCCGUCGACCGGCUACAAGCCAUCAGCGCUCGGCUUCCCUCAUGACUGUUCCUACAGCUACGCCACCUCCAUCAAAUCUCCGUGAAGCCUAUCGGCAAGAUGAGGAUCGUCCAAUGUCAAGUGCCUCGGUGUGGCGGCCCUUUUUCAGCAGUGGUUAUGCGAGGAAGCGGCCUACUACCCCCGGGACUCGCGAAUCAACCGCUCGCACGAUCUCAAUAUCGUACGCGCAGCAGCCUACCCUGGUCAACGCUCGUGCCGUGCGACGCCAGAGCCUUGACCAAGACAACACCUACCGUGACUUCCAGUCAUCGCCUGCAAUUGGUAGCACUGCUCCCCGCGGCCAGCGACUUCGCAGGUCUCUGAGCUCCUUUCGAAAACAUGGCCAGCAGCGUUACUUCACCGAACCUGUCGUCGGAAUAUCGAGCCAAAAUGCACAUGGCUCGAUACUGCCAGUUAAACAAUCUCCGCUCUCGCCGGUGUCGAGGACUUCUACGUUUGAUAUUGACCUCCCGCCCGGAACGCCUAUUUUUACGUCAAGCCCGCCCGUAGCUCAUGCCCCACGCACCAACCCCUCUAUUAACAAACGCAUCUCAGUCGCUCCCUCCGAUCCCAACACCGUCAGUUCUGAUAACGACACUCGUUUAUUCUCAGAUGACGAAUCCAUGGACUUCCACAGUGAUACUGCUUACGAUUCUUUGGCCACCCGAGCCACAGUUAGCAGCCAAUCUGGGCAUCGUCAACCCAAAAUCGACACCAUUUUUGACGAAUCCAACUCGGAACAUACCGGUGCUCCAGUGCACACUCUGGAGGCUCUCAUGCAGCGGAGUACCAUCAACGACAAUCACUUGCAGAGUACCAGAGGCACUUCAGCAUGGUCUGAGAAUGUUGGUAUAGGCAUUAGAGGUUUUGACGACGACUUUGACGACAGAAUGGAUUCUGAGGGGCCUCAAACACUUACACCUGUGCGAGAACAUCCAUAUGGCAGCGUGGAGGAGCUGAACGCCACGCCCGUCGCAUUCAGACGCGGCGUUGCGACCCUUAUUGGAUCUUCACCACGGUCGAGUGUUGUUCGUCGCCCUCCACAAUCCAAGGGGCUCGCUUUCUCAGUCUCGCAAGACAUUGAGAUGGACGAAGAUGGUUCUAUCGACUGGUCGCCAAAGUCCGAUAAAGAGAGCAAGCGAAAUGCUGCGAUGGGUGCUGACAGCCCGAUUGUCCGUCGAACUGCUCGGCUACUGAAUGCUGACUACGACUCUGAGACCAAACGUGCAUCAAUCUUCGACUGGUCCGAGAAUCAAAAGCCGUUAGCAGAUGUGAGCAGUGGUAUCAGUCCGCGGCCGAAGACAGUUCAUGGCAAGCAAGGCGAUGAACAAGGCCGCAGUCGCACAGCUGGUCGCAAGGGGCCCAGCGCCGUCCAUUUGCGCAGCCAGAGUGUCCCUGUCAACCGCGACAGUGGAGCUGAUAUGGAAAUUCCUGCAUCUAAUGCGAAAUUCGGAACUUGGGGUCUAGGCAAUAAGCCUGUCAGUGAGGAAUGGAGCGAGGACUUUGAGUUUGAUGACACUGAAGAGGAUACUCCGCCGCUCGAGCUAGCGGGUGGAAGUCAAGAACUCGGACCCCGAGACUCUACGCGAAGUGUCAAGGUCCCACAGUCGAUCAUUGAUCGUCAAGCGAGUGUGCAUCAACAAUUCUCACAAGUUCAGGAGUUUAUGAUGCUCGUCGAAGAGCUCAGACGGCUCCGGACGCAAGGCGCCCAGUUGGAUCUUCUGGAAAGUCAGUCCCGGCAGCUCUGGGAGGACGCAGAGAACAUUAUCAAUCUGGCCACUCUCAACGAUGAAGACGAGGUACCCGCACGACCCGGGUCCCCGAUCUCGUCAGACAUCUUUGGCGACGAUACCUCCCCAAGCAGUCGUCGCAUCAGCGCCGAAGACUCGAAGCGAGACUCAUUUGGCAUUCGGUCGACAUCUGGACCUGCGACCCCACCCAGCGUUACCAGACCGCGGGGCGAGAGUCUAGCGCAGGCAAAGACAUUUCUACAGACCAUUCACCAACACCGAGGCAACAUCGACCUGACACCACCACAGGUGCGAGCUCAGCGCGAGAAGCUGCCUUUUGAUACCCAAGACCUCCGAGAUCUGGUUGUUAAGGCCGGCGUGAUCACGAGAGCUCUCAAGGACAUCGUCCGGAAAGCCCAAGGCGUUCAGGUCAGCCCCGAAAGAACACCACAAAAGCAGCACGAUCCGACCUUUAGCCACAUCUUCAACCCUCCCGACACAUCUCCUUGCCCGCCUCUCAGGAGGGCUGGUAUCCCAAAGAGCCACAGUGCCAACAGCUAUCUGAGCGAAAGCGUUGGCACGGAGAACGAGAUUCCCCCACCAUUAAAGCUAACGAUGAUUGAGGUGUAA